AUGAGUACAAAGCUUGAUACGAACAAGGACUCCAAAGAUAUAAGUGAAAGUAUAUCUACUUUCGGGGGCUUUGUUGCGGGAGGUUUAGCUGCUUGUGGGGCUGUAACUUUCACAAACCCCAUUGAGUUGAUAAAAAUCCGGAUGCAAUUACAAGGUGAGUUAGUUAAAAGCUCAAAGAAUGCUGUCAAACUAUACGAAAACCCUAUACAAGCAUUCUUCUGGAUCUAUAGGAAUGAAGGUAUUAGAGGACUACAGCAAGGUCUUGUUGGUGGAUACUGCUAUCAAUUGGGUUUAAAUGGUUGCAGAAUCGGAUUAUAUGAACCAAGUAGAUACUAUCUCACUAAAUACCUUCGUCCAUCCAUAUUCACUGAAAAUGGUAACAUUCCGCAGAAUAUUUUUAUCAAUGUCUUCGCUGGGUUUCUUUCGGGUUCCGCAGGUGCUGUGCUAGGCUCUCCAUUUUUCCUUGUCAAGACAAGGAUGCAAUCAUAUUCAAAAGCAAAAACUACCAUGAAUGUUGGACAGCAGACUUAUUAUAAAAGCGUUUGGGAUGGGUUAGCAUCUGUAUAUAAAAUAGCAGGUGUCAAGGGAUUAUUUAGAGGUGUCGAUGCAGCUAUUUUAAGAACAGGGGCCGGUUCUGCUGCACAGCUUCCAGUGUACUAUUAUACCAAGAAUUUUUUGUUGUAUGAGAAGAUAGUCAAAGAUGAUACUCUAGCUUUGCAUUUCCUUUCCUCAUUGGCUGCUGGGGUAGCAGUUGCAAUUGUAAUGAAUCCGUGGGAUGUCGUUCUUACCAGAGUCUAUAAUCAAAGAGGAGACCUUUAUAGCGGCCCUAUCGAUUGUUUUGCUAAGACUAUCAGGGCCGAGGGAUUUGGAGCUUUAUACAAGGGAUUCUGGGCUCAGUUGUUAAGAGUUGGGCCCCACUCCAUACUUACUCUCAUGUUUAUGGAGCGCUGUAUGAAAAUUGUGCAGAAUGUAGAAACAACUCUCUUUUUGUAG